CCUAAGGAGCUUCGUUAUGAAGUUGACGACUUCGUGGGAGGUAUGACCGGAGGUGGAGAAGCUUUGUUGACUCCCUUCGAACCGACGGUCAUGGGCGAAAUUAUCUCAAAAAUCGCUGAAUCCCCCACGAAAAUAUACACUGCAUCACUCGCGUCAGCAGUCCUUGGAUAUUUUGCGGUUAAGGGACUACAUCACCUUUUCUCCAAGGGGAUCG